GGACCAUAUGUGAGUUUGAGUUUGUUUGAUGAGUUGUUAUUUACCUUGCCACGAGGGUUUUCUCCGGGUCCACCGGUUAUCCUCCCUCAGCAAAAAUCAACUCAACAUGUGAGAAGUGUUGUGUGCUAAAAUACUUCAUGUAGAGGUAGUGGAGGGUGAGUUAUGAGGGCCACAAGUUAAUCAGUUCUUCACUGUCUCGUGUAACCCUCUUAAAGUUAAAGUUCUCUGUUUAAGAGAACUCAACUUACAGUUCCGGAGUACCUGAUUAACACGCUACAAUUAAAUAGCUCUAGGCAUUCGAGAUCAAAAAGAUACUCAAAUCUAAAUUUUGUAACUCCUAGGUACGAUAAAAAAAUUGAGGGAGGGAAAACCUUUGUAGUUAGUGCCAUAGACGUAUGAAACAAAUUAUAUAUUUCGUUAAUGAAACAACCAACACUUAACUCUUUAAAAAACAGUCUUUUAAAAAUUAUUUUUGAAAUACAAAAGCAUUUGUWCCAUUGUUGCUAAAAAAAGUAAUACCAAAAUUUCAAGUGAAGARCWAAGAAUGGUUCAAGAGGGUUAACAUACGUUGAAUUGUCAAAUAUAGAGUUUGGGAAUUACAAAAAGAGGGCAACCGGCUGCAUCUUGAAAUACUSUUAUUUCACUUGCUCGGCUUUCGAAUCAUGUCAUACAUACAGUGUACGUUAUAUUGUCAUAAACUGCAAGACAUAGGAACUAUAUAUCAUGCAAAUCUAGCGUGAUUGYCGGUGGCUUUUAUCUUGAAGAUUUUGAAAUGGAAAUGGACAAGACUUUAGAAGGUGGUGAGUUCGACGAAAUAACAGAUCUCAUUACACCCUAUAACCUGAUGAAGUGCAAAACAAACAGUUUAGAAAAGUCCCUGGAGGUUAGUCAUAAACUCAAGUCUUUAGCCGAUAGGGGUGGACCUGACUCUGAUGACUUUGAWARUCUGGCAAACACAGUCGAAGAUUUUGCAAUUGAGCUUCUUGAGCCUUUGAAACGCGAUGACAUGAGGAGAGCUAUAUUUGAAGGAGAUAGCUUUGACCGAAUUGCUGAAAAAAUCGUUGUCUUUCGUCAGAAAAAGUUCGUGUCUCAUCCCGUUGUAUACAAUCUUCUGAUGAGACGAUGGGCAGGAAUGUUUUAUCAUCUGAGAUACAGCUCUUUGACAUCUUUGAACUGGUUCAAAUGGUUUUUAUUAAACCUUUGGACCGUCUUUGACCUUUUUCUCUUUCCGUUGGCGUUUGCGAUUCUGUAUGUUAUUCAUCGGAUCAAAAGAAUUAUKAAACACCGGCAAGAUCACGGCGUUGUACUGAURCUUAAUUCUACUUGGAAUAAAGAAUACCUUCAGAAAAUGAGGAAUUUGAGCAGCAACAUACUUGGCGAAUGUGAUCAAAAUCGCAUCAUCAUCGCUUCUAUCUUGCGUUACAAAGAUGGCAUUAUAACUAAUACCUUUAUGACCAAAGACAAGGCCAGGUCUGCAUUAAAGAAAGAAACAAGCAAAAUAGCAACGGAUAACAAUACAUUGCAUUCAUGCUUGGAGAAUGGAAAAAAGAUGCUUAAAAACUUCAAAGCGCGAAAUUCAAAUAAGACGUUGGUUUUAAUGACAGACGACAUGUUUGGUGAUUCGUUCAAGAUUUGUCUUCGGGAAGCUCAACAAGUGAAGAGCUUGGGGUUCAGAUUGGUAUGUGUCGGCUUAGGUGUUCAUCUUGAUAUUAAGCAACUGGAAUCCAUGGCAACGGAUGGGACGGCUGUUCUUUACCAUGGUGAUAUUAAGCAAGGAGAUGUCUGUCAAAAGCUCCUUCAGGCAUCCUGUCCCUGUACCGCUCAAUAUCAUCUCUCUCACGUGUUUGUUCGUCUGGCACAUAUGUCAAAGGUUCUGCUGUAAAACGUGCUACCAGAAAUGCAAUUCAAAGUCUUCAAAGGUUCUUAUCCAAGAGAUCGGAGAUCGACAUUUCAUCGCUAUUGGGGUGGUUUGCCGUGAUCAUGACCUUCACAAAUUCCCCGGAUGGGAAGGCAAUGCCGCAGGGUAUCACGUUGAUGACGGAAGAAUCUAUGAUCGGCAAAAUCCAAAAAUUGGAAGAGAGUGCAAAGGUGCUAUUGCCCAAAGAGGUGAUCUGAUUGGUUGUAAGAUCUUGUUCGAUGAGCAAUCAAAGACGGGUAGCCUUCCUGUGUCAAUCACACUAAAUGGGCGAAUCAUUGGCCGAGCUACAGUCAAGGGAAGAAUUAAACUCGAUGNCAAUUGGACAGACAAUGAAUUUUAUCCUUUUAUUGGCAUUGGAUGGGAAGGAGUUACCUUAUUAUUCAAGCUCAUACCUCAGGAAGUCCAGGAAGACAGUCGUUCUUGUAAGAGAGACGGCUCAGCACAGGAAGAUUAUUCAGCUCUAAUACGUGGUAUAAAUGAUUUACAUGACAAACUAUCGGGUCUUGGAUAUCUUCAAAUGAGAGUGGAUGAGUUAUCAUCUGAUCUCAGUAAGAGAGACGAUUCAGCACAGAAAGAUUUUUCAGCUCUAAUACGUGGGAACAAUGAUUUAUACGACAAACUAUCAGGUCUUGGAUGUCUUCAAAUGAGAGUGGAUGAGUUAUCAUCUGACCUCAGGGACAUGAAAGAUGACUUAAAGUUUUUGAAGGAGAGGAUCCUGCAAGAAUGAGCAAAAUGAAUUGCCAGUGAACACUUUGCUGAUAAUAAGAGGGUCUCAAUGGGGYUAACCGUGAGUUGUGAAACGGCUGAAAAAUUAGCCGUGAGUCGUGAAAAUGCCAAAUUGAGUCGUGGUGCGACCCAUUGAGACCCUCUGAUAAGCUCAUUUUGUCGUUGCUAAUUGUCCUAUUUCAUUAUGGCGUCACAUGAAACAUUCUAUUGUUUUAACACUAAUGAUUCUGAUCGUCAUGGGGGGGAUUGUUAAAGUGAUUGCAUAUCCAACACGAUACAUUACAGUUCUCCAUUCCGAGAAAAUAUGAAUUUGACCAAAUAUCCACUCUUUUUGAGCAUCUCUUCCCGAUGCUACUGUGACGUCAUACUGAGAUUGUGCCUGUGAGAACAUUUUGUAUCUAUUUUGGGAUUUGUUGUAUAAUGGCUGAUAGUUCAUCAUAAGAAAACUACGACAAUAUUUAAGUGAAUUCUACGCAGAAAUCGGUUUCUCAACAAAUAAAUAAAUAAAUAAACAAACAAAUAAAUAGCAAAUGAAUUACUAAAUACUGACAACGGAUUAAAAGUGCAAUAAUCACUGAAUGCUAUAUCAAAAUUUCAGGACGUUUUGACUAAAUAAUUUUGCGAAGCGAGCGAGCUAAAAAGUAUAAAAUUUGCGUUUGAUYAUUAGUUGUGAUCCACCUUAAAGUCCGAUAUAGGCCAAAGGUCAGCUGUUUAUACGAAUUAUUAGAUUGAUAUUUUAACAGGGGACUAAGAGACAUACACGACAUAACCCAACUCUACAUGUAGGUUAUACUAAUUAAUCAUGACGUUAGGUUUUGUUAAUAAUUCUUGUAUAAUUUAAGUAAUAAAAACAUUUAAAAAGGUAUCAAAA